AUGCGGGAGGGGAUUACAAGAUGGGGAAUCGAACACCAACAAGGUGAAAGUUCAGGUAGCCAACCAAUUGAGGGUUUGACCUCUUGUCCUGUUAACCCUGUGGUUAUGCCAGCAGUAUUUUCUGUUUGUUAUUUGUUGAAGUUUAGAGUUAGACCAAUGACUGCAGCCUCCUUUUCUGCUAUAAGCAAAAAGAAAUUUGGGACUGAUACUAGGCACAGGUACAUGUCUGUUAUCUUUUUCUCUUGCAUCGGAGUCGUGAUUUUGCUCUUCUGCUUGAGAAAAAAGAUUUUCUGGCACAAAAAUCUCAGGUUUUGGGAAUCUAUAGCUGAGGAUCACCAAAAUAUUGAAGCAUUUCUGAAGAACUCCGGAUCAUAUGGUCCAAAAAGAUACAGCUAUACAGACAUCAAGCGAAUCACCAGUCACUUCAAAAACAAACUAGGGCAAGGAGGAUUUGGUAAUGUAUACAGAGGAAGUUUGCGUAACGGGAGUCAAGUGGCAGUGAAGGUCCUGAAUGAACUAAGUAGGACAUCACAUGUUAACAUUGUGAGCCUUGUGGGAUUUUGUUUUGAGGGUCACAAAAGAGCUCUUUUAUAUGAGUUCAUGCCAAAUGGAUCUCUUGAAAAGUUUAUUUAUGAGGAAAUAUCUGACGGAGUUCGCCAGUUAGGCUGGCAAAUAUUGUAUGAAAUUGCAUUAGGCAUUGCUCGAGGAUUGGAGUACUUGCACCGUGGUUGUAACACUCGGAUUUUGCAUUUUGAUAUAAAGCCUCAUAAUAUCCUACUUGAUGAGGAUUUUUGUCCAAAGAUCUCCGACUUUGGUCUUGCCAAACUAUGCAUAAAAAAGGAGAGUAUCGUGUCAAUGUUAGGUCCACGAGGUACUAUAGGCUAUAUUGCUCCAGAAGUUGUUUGCAGAAACUUGGGAGGUGUCUCUCACAAGUCUGACGUCUAUAGCUAUGGAAUGAUGGUCCUAGAGAUGGUUGGAGGAAGAAAGAAUGUUGAUGUUGGAGUUGAUCGUACAAGUGAAAUCUACUUCCCACAUUGGCUCUAUCGACGAAUUGAACUAGACGAAGAGCUUCAACUAAUCGGAAUAAUGAAUGAAGAGGAGAACGAAUGUGCAAGAAAGAUGGUGAUAGCAAGUUUGUGGUGCAUACAGACUGAUCCUGCAAAUCGACCAUCGAUGAGCAAGGUUGUGGAAAUGUUAGAAGGGAAACUAGACUCUUUGCAAAUGCCUCCCAAGCCUUACCUAUAUUCUCCCUCAAGAUCAGAGGUAGAUUCAUCAAUAAUAGAACUGACAACAACAACAACAUACCCAGUAUAGUCCCACAAGUGUGGCGU